UAAGACUAACAAAUGUGUUGGUUGAUCCUGCGUUACGUCAGGAAAAUUUAAAGGAAACGUUCAAUUGCGAUUUUCCACACCAGUUGAAAAUAGAUUUCUGUGAAGUGCGAAGCAUGCUUUCAAACUGAUCAAAGAUGUACGAACCAAGAGAGCAAUUAAAAAAUCGUAUUUACUAUGCUGCAAAAGAUGGUAUGUCCAUAGCCCUGUACACUUUAAUGAGCGAUAUAGAAAGAAAUGAAGUGAAUAGUUUAAUAAAUGAGAAAAUAUCGGAGGAUGAUGGCCAGGCAUGUACACCUCUUAUCGUAGCUGCUAGGAAUGGACACGAAAAAGUCGUGAGAAUGCUUCUUUCAAAGUUUUAUCCCAAUCUAGAACAAGAGGGAAUUGUUAAGUUUGAUGGAUAUGUUAUUGAAGGUGCUAGUGCCUUGUGGUGUGCGGCUUGUGCAGGUCAUUUGAAUAUUUGCAAAGCGUUAGUGAAAGCCGGCGCGGACGUGAACCAUCCGACAAAAACAAACUCCACGCCGCUCCGGGCUGCAUGUUUUGAUGGAAGACUGGAUAUUGUGAAAUAUUUAACGUACCACAAUGCCAAUAUACACAUAGCUAAUAAGUACAACAAUACCUGUCUUAUGAUUGCUUCCUACAAGGGACAUUUAGAUGUAGUUAGUUUUUUAUUAGAAAAUGGUGCCAAUCCCAACGAAAAAGCUCUGUGUGGUGCUACCGCCCUUCACUUUGCUGCCGAGUGCGGAUACGUAGAUGUAGUUAGGGAACUUUUGAAGUAUAAUGCUAAAUUUUCUUGCAACGAUGCCAGCAUGACUCCGAUAAAAGCUGCUGCCGAAAGGACCAGGGACGAUGUGGUGGAAUAUUUGCUGGAGAGGUCGGAAAUUACCAAAGAGGAGAGAAUCGAAGCUCUGGAGCUGUUGGGGGCGUCGUACGCUAACGAUAAAGAGAAUUAUGACCUCGUCAAGGCUUACAGAUACAUGCACAUGUCGAUGACGUUGAGGUACGACGACCCCACUAACCCAGUUAAAAAGAAUCUGAUACCUCCAAUACCAGCCUACGAGAACUGGGUAGAGUGCCAAACCCUCCCCGAGCUGGAGGCCAUCCAGGGCAACAACAACAGCUUGCACAUGGAGGCGUUGACGAUCCGGGAGCGCAUCCUCGGUCCGCACAACCCCGAGGUGCCCCAUCCCGUGAUAUAUCGGGGGGCGGUCUUCGCCGAUAACGCCCGGUUCGAUAGGUGCCUGGAAUUGUGGUUGCACGCCCUGAAACUGAGACAGAAAAACUACGUGUCCGUAGUCAAGGACCUGCUCAGGUUCGCCCAGGUGUUCUCGCAGAUGUUGCAUGUCGGCGUGAAAGUGACCUACAGCCAUGUGGUUGAGGUUUUAUCGGCCGCGAUUUCUGAGUUGGAGAGGAACAAGGAGAAACUCGUCAGGCCGGGACCCAAGGACGACCCAGAAACUGUCAUGGUAAUUUGCUUAUUUAUCAGCUUAUUGGAUGACAUAGAAGGUAACCUUACGACUACCUUGUACCUAUUAACGAUCUUAACGAAACUGAUGAAACAGUGCAGCGAGGAGGAAAAGUUUAACGUUAGACGCAUGGUGUUCACUCUGAACCAGUUGCAGAUAACGCUCAGAGACGGGCAGUCGCUCCUGCAUCUGGCGUGUAAUGCCGAAACGCCCGUGGAUGACUUCCAUACGAACGACAUAUGCAAGUUUCCCUGUGCCGAGACCACAAAACUGUUGAUCAAGUGCGGGGCGGACGUGAACGCUAUGGACCUGGAAGGAAACACUCCUCUUCAUGUAAUUGUCAACUACCACAAGGCUAUUUCCGACUUUAUGACGCUGCAUUCGAUCAUCACCGAUUUAACGGAGAACGGGGCGCACGUGGAUUGCGUGAACAAACGGGGAGAGACACCGUUGGAUUCGUCGGCUACAGGAGUGGCAGAAAUAAUAUUAAAAACUCAGAUGAAAUUGAGCCUUAAAUGUAUGGCUGCGAACGCGGUGAAACAUCACAAGCUUACCUAUCAAGGGCAAGUGCCCAGGGCUUUGGAAUCUUUUAUAGAACUCCACGGCCCUGGGAUAAAGAAAGCCUAGUCAAAUUUAGAUUUAAGUGUACAUAUUAGAGAGGAAUAUUUUAAAUUAUAAUGUAUAUUAUGUAUAAAAACUGCCUUUGCUUUAAUGUUAUGUUCAUUCAAAAGUUGUAUAUAUAUUUUUUAUUGGUUUAUUUUAGUUUAAGCAAAGUCGAAUCGAUUUCAGUUUCUUUUUCAGCAAAUCUGUGUUCAUUAGGAUUGACAAAACGGCAAGCACUUUAUUUUUAAAUAUAUUUAUGUAUAAAUAUAUGUAAGGAGCAUAAAAAUAAGUUUUAUCGUGAUUAUAAUUCAUUUCAACAUUUGACAUACAGAUAUUUUAAGUUUUUCUUCGCUAUUUUCACUGUGUGGAUGGAUAUAGCAAUAUUUUUUAUUUUAUAAAACCAAUUGGUGUUAUUUUUGAGACUGCCUAAUUAAGUUAUUUUUAAAAAUACUUUGCUAAAUAAGUUUUGGUUUGUUGAGACAAAGAACGGCGAUAUAAUUUUGAUUGAUUUUCUUUGUGAACUAAGAAAAAAACAAUGUGACCGUUCUGACUUUCGCAAUGUUCAAAUAAUUGCUCUCUUGUCGGUAUUUUAAAUCAUUGGUUUUAUUCAGAACUUAAAUGGCAUACUAAUUAAUCAUUGUUUUUCUUUAUUUUUAAUUGUUAGUCUGUUGAAACAUUUCUUAUAGAUGUAUAUUUAAAAAAUAGUUCAUUAUGUAAAUGAUAUAAAUUGUAUUUUACAUAACUACAUAUUUUUUGU